AAUUUUUAGCCCCUAUUUGAUUUUCAUUUUCACUUUGACUUCCCUCUUCGUGGUACUGUUUUGUGGUAAUUUUAAUAGUUCGGUUGAGAUUGUGGCUUAAAUUAAACUAUAGUUCGGUGAAACUAUUGAAAUAUUAACUAGCAUACAAAAUCUUCGAACUUUUUUUUAACAAACGCAGAGAAUUGACUGAUUUUAUUAAAGGUAAAAGGGGUAUUAAGCGUUGAUCGAAGUUCAAUUAGCUAAAAGAAAAAAAACGAGGGCAAAAAAAAAAAGGUUGCGAAAAUAACAAUUUCGGUUGCUCAAGCAAAAGAGGUGUUGCACCUAUAUUUGGGGCGAAAACUUAUCUCCGCAUCUUAAGCAUCAUUAGGUAGCGGUAAGCUCAUUUAUAGAAAUGGGCUACGACUUACAUCGUUUUCAAGGUGAAGUGGAUGAGGAGCUCACCUGCCCCAUAUGUUCCGGUGUACUUGAAGAGCCACUACAGGCUGCAAUGUGUGAACACGCCUUUUGCCGUGCGUGCAUCACCGAGUGGCUCACUCGUCAACCCACCUGCCCAGUAGACCGCAACACAUUAAACACAGCAAAUUUGCGCGCUGUACCGCGUAUACUUCGCAAUCUGCUUUCACGACUUUCCAUUGCUUGCGAAAAUGCACCAUACGGAUGUACACUCGUACUCAAGCUGGAUGCGCUAAAUUCACAUUUAGAAGAAUGUGAGCACAAUCCAAAACGUCCAUUACCAUGCGAAAAAGGCUGCGGUUUUGUCAUACCCAAAGAUGAACUAAAGGAUCAUAAUUGUUUGCGGGAGUUACGCUCAAUGAUACAUCAACAGCAAUUGAAAAUGGGAGAGCUAAAGACAGAGAUUGCUGACCAAAAUUUGGCCAUCAACGAGCUAAAGCGUGAAUUGCAACUUUUUAAAGACUUUAUGCGUGCGAUGCGUGUUUCAAAUCCAGCCAUGCGUGCCAUCGCCGAUCAGAUGGAACGAGAUGAAGUUAUACGCUGGAGUUCGACACUAUCACGUGCACGUGUCACACGAUGGGGUGGCAUGAUCUCUACUCCGGAUGAUGCACUACAGAUGAUGAUUAAACGUGCUCUAUCGGAAUCAGGCUGUCCACCACACAUUUUAGAUAAUCUUAUGGAGAAUUGCCACGAAAGACGUUGGCCUCGCGGUUUGAGUUCACUAGAGACGCGACAGAAUAAUAGGCGCAUUUAUGAUAACUAUGUUUGCCGACGUAUACCAGGCAAACAAGCUGUAUUAGUCCUAAGCUGUGAUAAUGCUCACAUGUCUGAGGAUGUAAUGGUCGAACCAGGUUUGGUGAUGAUUUUUGCUCACGGCAUAGAAUGAAUGCCGGCACAUUUUUACAUAUAUGUACACACAAUAUAACAAAUGGAUAAUUAGAAAAGAAAAAUUAACUGCGAGUAAUAAAUAAAUAUAUAUUUCGAAACUAUGCGUUCAUACAGCGAUUGUAUAACAAACAUACAAACAUAUGCACGGAGAUAAAAUAACCAACUGAGUCAACGCAGUAAUUAAAAAAAGAUUAAUUCAAUUAAAGGACUACUAUACUGUGCGAGAUACAAUGGGACAUUAGCAAAAUUUUAAGUAUUAAAAAACCAAAUCUUUAGCGAACUCUGGACUUGUAGAAAUUUACCAAUUCGUGGACACAAUUAUUUUUGAGACUUCCCAACUUUUGAAAUAUUUUAGUUUUUAUAAUUUAUUAGAUGUACAAAUAUUCGAAAUGCACUGAGAUUAACUGCUAUUACAUCUGUACAGUUGUAGGUUUGAAAUUACUAACGUUCAUUGUUUUAUUAGUUAAGUUAUGGUAAAAGUAUUUGGUAGAAAGAUAAUAAAAGGGAUUAUCAUUUGUUACGUACAGAAUCUAUGUUCUAAA